CCCGCACGCGCGCUGAUGACGUUCUUCCCUAACAACAAGCAAACGCUUCUUAGCAACCACCUCAAUAAACAGCAGGAAAUUAAAGCAUCAGUGUCUGCCAUCCUCAUUCAUCCAUCUUCCUCCUUCUCAACCUGAUGGAUGAGACUGUGAAACCCCUGAGGAUUCCUCCCCAGAUGUCCGUCUACGCUGACAAACACAACAUCUUCCACCUGGAGCAGAGCAUGCUGUCCAGUCUGGUAAUUGAUCGGCCUGAAGAUCCGAUCAGUUACCUGAUCAGUCUGCUGAGGAGAAGCAGCGUGGACAUUCCCAGGGUCCUGCUGCUCGGUCCUCCUGCUGUUGGGAAGCACACAGUGGCCAAAAAGCUGAGUGCUGAGCUGAGAGCUGUCCAAGUGACCACAGACAGUUUACUAGAGGGCCAAUCAGAGCUGAGUGUACAGGCACACCAAUACACACUCAAAGAGCAGGAGCUUCCUACUGAGCUGCUGGUCCAACUGAUCCAACAGAGACUGAAUGAGAUUGACUGCUUCAACAGGGUGAGAUUGCGUUCAGACAGUGCUUUUCUAGACUUCCUCUCAAUCAGACUUCUGUAUGUGUUGUUGGAGAGGAGUCGGGGGAAACUGGUCGACCCACUGACAGGAGACAUUUACCAUCGGACCUUCAUCUGGCCGGUCGACGACACCGUCGCUCAGCGUCUGGAGAUCCCGUCAGAGACGCAACUAUUGGCUGAGCUGCAGCGUUACCGCUGUGAAGGCACAGGUCUGAACUCAGCCUAUCAGCACGUCCUGAAGAUUAUCAACGCUGACCAACCACACGCUGACAUUUACCAACAAGUGCUGGCUUUUGUCCGGACUCGUCGUCGCUCAAUAACUCCCAGAAUCCUCCUGUUGGGUCCACCGGGGUCGGGGAAAAGUCAUCAGGCCAGACUGCUGUCAAAGAAAUAUAAGAUGGUGGAUGUGUGUUGUGGUCAGCUGUUGAGGUCUGUGGCAGCUGAUGGUUCAGCUCUGGGAGAAGAGAUCCAAUCAUACCUGGAUGAUGGGAGGCGAGUUCCAGACUCCAUAGUGCUACAGGUUCUGGAGGAACGUCUGAGCCGAGUGGACUGCAGCUGCAGUGGCUGGAUCCUUCACGGCUUCCCCUACGACCUGCAGCAAGCCAAGAGCCUUCAGGAGUUCCAGCAGCCCAACAGGGUUUUCUUCCUGGAGUUGACAGACGAUGUUUGUCUGGAGAGAAUCACUCUCAGAGCGACAGAUCCAGUCAGUGGAGAGAGGUUCCACGCUAUGACUCGACCGGCUCCGAGCUCUGAGGUCACAGACAGACUGAAGACCAGACCUGAGGACAGCACAGACAGUGUAACACACAACCUGAGUCAGUACAGGAUACAUUCUGCUGUCCUGCAGGCUGUAUAUCCAGAUGCAUGUCAUAUUGAUGCUGAUCAGGAUCCACACUCAGUGUUUGAGGCUCUGGAGAGCAGACUGACAGCUUACUGACAGUGGAGACACCAGAAGACACAUAGAGACAGUUUUGGGAGACAAGAAGUGGAGUGACUGCUAUUACUCUUCUCUAAACCUUCCCUUCAUCAUUUUGUAAAUGUUCUUGGUUUGUUGUAUUGCAACUAAAAAGUUUUUCUUU